AUGUUGCUAAUUUCAGUGGAAGAACGCCCGAACGAUUUAGAAGCAGACGGGUCUCAUAUAGAAGAUAAAAAUGGUCACUCUAAAAUACUCACUCGGUUGGAGACCGUUCCUGAUAUCAAAAGGGAUACUUCAGGGAUCACUACCCAGUAUAUUGCUACUGGAAUCGUAAAUCUUGGGGCAUUCGCAUCUGGCGUGUGCGUCGCUUGGACUUCGUCAGCAUUGCCUCUUAUGAUAUCUGGACAGUAUGAGACGCAGCCAGCCCGAUCGUCAGAUGUUUUUACAUCAAACAAUGGAACACACACCAAAAUUAUGCUCACGGAAACGGAAGCCUCAUGGGUGGCGUCUCUGUUGUGUUUGGGUGCGUUAUUUGGGGCUGUUCCUUCUGGUCUCAUCUCAGAAUAUUUUGGACGAAAGAAAACAUUACUUUAUCUUGCGCUGCCUUUGGUGGUCUCAUGGAUCUUAGUCGCUUCAAGUCCUAACGUCUACGGCUUGUACGUGGGGCGUUUCGUUAGUGGCGUGGCCGUAGGAGCUUUCAGCGUGGCGAUACCACCGUAUAUUGAAGACAUAGCCGAGACGAAUACUUUACCUGCAUUGGCCAAUUUCUACCACGUGCAUUUUGCUGCUGGGGUACUUUUUGGCUAUAUUAUUGGAUUGGUCCAGAGCGCUUCGUGGCUGUCGGUACUAUGCGCUAGUAUACCCAUAUCAUUCUUCAUUGGAUUCAUAUUUCUUCCGGAAUCACCAGCUUACCUGAUGUCUCAAGGGAAAUUCCCCGAAGCAAAAGCGGCGUUACAAUACUUCAGAGGCAUAGACAACGACGUGGAUUCGGAAAUGAAAGAAUUAAAGGAAUACGUCAGGAAUUACGGAAGAAAUAAAGUCACAUUUAGGCAGCUUUUCACUUCUAGAACUACUAUUAAGCCAUUGAUCGUCUCUUUUGGGUUGAUGAUCUUUCAGCAGAUGAGCGGUAUCUAUCCAAUUCUCUUCUACGCCGAGAAGAUCUUUAAGAAUUUUGCUAUAUCGUUAAAUUUAUCAAGCGCAACUAUUAUUCUUGGUUUCUGCUUUGUUACAUCUAUGUACUUCUCAACUAUGUUCUUAAAGAAAUUUAGAAGACGCGUGUUAUUACUAAUAUCUUUUACACUAAUGGCACUUAAUUUGGGCACGUUAGCGAUGUUCUAUCAUUUAAAAGCAUCGAACCUAUCAGCUCAUAAUACCUGGGUACCUUUGUCCACAUUAUGCAUAUUUGUAUCCGUAUAUGCGGUAGGUGCAGGGCCCAUACCUUGGUUGAUGUUACGUGAGAUUUUUGCACCUAACGUAAGGCGACGAGCGACAGCUCUUACCGCUGGAUUUCACUGGUUUUUUGCAUUCGGAGUUACGAAGUUAUACCAAAGUUUAAUACACUUGGUGAGUCCGGGGUGGACGUUAUGGCAUUUUGCUGUUACUAGCCUGAUUGGAACCAUUUUUGUAUACUUUUUUGUACCUGAGACUAAAGGAAGAACGUUGAAAGAGAUACAUAAUGAGUUUGACGGUAUACAUAAAAGGAAAAGGCAUAGGCAUGUUAUUGAAGUGGAGACUGUUUCAGUGCAAUGA